GAUCAAUCAUACAAGAAGCAUUUUGAGUGAAGAAAGUGUUGUAAUUAAUCUGAAAAACACUCUUGAAAACACAUUCACCAUGGCCACAACCAAAAGUGAAGCUCCAUCUCAAGAAAAGAAAGGUGACAGAAUGAAAAGGCACUCAGAGAAGACAGAGGAAGAAGAAGAAGAACUAAAACCCUCAAAGAAGAAAGAACAAAGCCACCACCGCCACAACCACAACCACCACCACUCAAUUUCAAAACCUCCUUCAGCUCCGACUCUUCAAGACUCCUUCAACAACUCCCACAGCAACCACUCUUUCAGCGACGGUGACCUUCAGAUAGUGGCGGCGAGCCACUCUCAUGAGUCCAUCAGCGACGAUGCCAUCAAGGUUGUGAAGGAGGCAGUGAAUAAAACUGUCAAGAGCGUGCCAGUGAUGGCUGUGGAAAACGUUGAAGAAGGUGCACGUCAUCAUGCUAAUAACAAUGGUGACGAGGAUGGAGUGUCGAAGAAGAAAGUGAGUAAGUGGUACAUUGUUCUGCUGUGUCUCAGAAUUGCUGCUUUUGUGUUCUGCAAGAUAGCGUUCUCUGUGUUGGCUUCUGAUAGAAGGAAAAAAGUGCGUAAAGCACCGUCGAAAAGAUGGAACGAAUCACCACCAGACACGUGGUAUACUUUCACCGUUGAAACACCAGCAACGACUCAACUAGACUCUGAUGAACUACAUUGGUACGAUCUUGAGGAAUUCAAGUACUGCUUAUCAGUGAAUGUGAUUGGAUUUGUGUAUUCUGCAUUACAAAUAUUUGAUCUGGGGAAGUACUUCAUCACUAAACGACACACAAUGAAUCCCAAACUACGUGCUUACCUCAACUUUGCUAUGGAUCAGGUGAUGGCAUAUCUUGUAUUAUCAGCAUCAUCUUCGGCUGCGACCACAGCACAUUAUUGGUCAAAGGAAGUUUCAGAUGGAGACAAGUUCUUGGAAAUUGCCAAGGCAUCCGUUGCUUUAUCCUUCAUUGCGUUUGUGGCCUUUGCAUCUACUUCUAUUGUUUCAGCUUUCAUCUUCUGCAGAUUCAACUAG